AUGGCUGGAGCGUCCAACAAGGGAAACGCCCAAUACUGUGGCCUCACCCCUCGCGAGGUUGAGUUCACCAUCAAGGCCAUGAUCACCGUGCUUGAGUCUGGCGGCAAGCCCGAUUUCGAGAAGCUUUCCCGAAUGACCCAAUACCAGGAUGCCAAGACUGCCAACAAGAACUGGAACUUCGUCAAACUCAAGCUCCUCAAUGCCGCUGGAAGCAAGAACGAUGGCCAGGCCAGCGGCGACAACAAGGGCACUGGAGAGAAGGGAGGCAAGCGCCAGGCGGUUGACGCUCUUGCCGCGCCUGAAGAGGACACCUCCGGCGUGAAGGUCGAGGAGGACGAGGAUCUUGACGGCGAGGUUUGA